GUGCCCACCGCUCCUCAUUAAUAACCCUAGGCCCCCUGCUGUCCUCCUUAUAAAUCUUGACCGGCAUACCCGCAGCCCUCUUCUUCGCAAUCGCCGUCGAUAUCACCUGGUCGCUCCGCUCUCGUCCACCACUCUGUCGUCGCCAUUUUUGAGCAAGGGUUGUUUAUUGUGCCGAUGAGGGGAAGAAGUUACACACCGUCUCCCCCAAGGGGAUAUGGGAGAAGAGGACGGAGCCCUAGUCCAAGGGGUCGCUAUGGUGGUCGUGGCAGUGGCAGAGAUCUCCCCACUAGCCUUCUUGUUCGCAAUCUUCGCCAUGAUUGCAGGCCAGAAGACCUUCGUCGGCCAUUUGGACAGUUUGGUGCUCUUAAGGAUAUCUAUUUGCCCAGAGAUUACUACACUGGUGAGCCCCGUGGUUUUGGCUUUGUCCAGUAUGUGGAUCCUGCGGAUGCUGCAGAGGCUAAGUAUCAUAUGGAUGGAUAUGUUCUCCUUGGAAGAGAGUUGACUGUUGUAUUUGCAGAGGAGAAUAGGAAGAAGCCUACUGAAAUGAGGUCAAGGGAGCGUGGGAGCAGGAGCAGCAGAUAUGAUCGUAGGCGCUCGCCCCCUCGUUAUUCUCGCUCACCUCGAUACUCUAGAUCCCCUCCCCCUCGCCAUGCAAGGUCUCGAUCUCGCAGCCAUGAUUAUUACUCACCUUCGGCAAAGAGAAGGUACUCAAGGUCUCCUUCACCUCAGGUGAAGAGGCACAGUCGGGAAAGGUCUUACACUCCCCCACGGCAGAGCCGUGAGAGGUCCUACUCCCGAUCUCCACCUAUCAAUGGCUCCCGAAGUCGGAGCCAAACUCCAGUUCGUGGUAAGAGUCGGAGCCCUAGCAGGAGCAGAAGCCCACCUCCUGAGAACUAUGCCAGGGGCACGAAUGGCGAAAGGUCCCCGAGUCAAUGAAAGGGGGUCCAGCAGCAAUGGAGUGGAAAAGGGGGACAAUUUGAAGUACUGUUUUUUAUGAUGCCUCAUAUUGUUACUAGAAAACUUAUCUAGCGGUUGGUGCAGGAUGGUUUUGAUGUAUUAGGAUCUCUGGAUAUGGAAUGAAUCUUGUGCUGUUGCGACUAAUGUUGGAGUAUUUAGUAGGUUAUGUUCCAAACUUCUCUCGAGACUUGUAAUAAAAUGCUUUUUAGUGGUUCAGUUUGCUCGUAAA